AUGACCACAUUCAAGGAGGUGGUGACGUUCAAGGAUGUGGCGGUGGUCUUCACCGAGGAGGAACUGGGGCUGCUGGACCCCUUCCAGAGGAAGCUGUACCGAGACGUGAUGCUGGAGAACUUCAGGAACCUGGUUUCUGUGGGGCAUCAACCAUCCAAACGAGAUGGAGUCCACUUGGUAAGAGAAGAAAAGUUUUGGAUGAUGAAGUUAGCAACCCAAAGAAAAGGCAUUUUAGGAUACAAAGUCCAACAUGAGAUGGAGACUAUUGCUAAAGCAGAACCACAUGAAGAAUUUUCCUCCUGGCAAAUCUGGCAACAGAUUGCUAAAGACUUAGCCCGGUAUCAAGACUCCAUGAUAAAGAGUUCUCAAUUCUACAAACAACAUGAUUUACCUGGCCAGGUUGGGACAGGACUGCCUAUAACUCACUCAGGCCAGAAAACUUACCAGGGAAAUGCGUGUAAAAAAUUCUUCAGUGAUAUCUCCAACUGUGAUCUUCAACAGUUAAACUCAGGAGAGAAGUCUCAUACAUGUCAUGAGUGUGGGAAAUGCUUCUUUUAUAGCUCAGCACUUCGUAUUCAUCAGAGAGUUCACCUGGGAGAGAAGCAGUAUCGGUGUGAUGAAUGCGGUAAGGAAUUCAGUCAGAGCUCACAUCUGCAAACUCAUCAGAAAGUCCACACCAUAGGGAAGCCAUUCAAAUGUGAAGAAUGUGGGAAAGGCUUCAGUCGUAGAUCAGAACUUAGUAAUCAUUGCAGGUUACACUCGGGAGAGAAACUUUAUAAGUGUAAGGGAUGCGGGAAGGCCUUCAUUAAUGCUUGUCAUCUUCAGGACCAUCAGAGAAUCCACACUGGGGAGAAGCCAUUUAAGUGUGAUAUCUGUGGUAAGAGCUUUCGUCGUAGAUCGGCACUUAAUACUCAUUGUGUAGUCCACACAGGAGAAAAACCAUACAGAUGUGAGGAUUGUGGGAAGUCCUAUACUUGGCGUUCACGUCUUCGUAUCCAUAAGAAAGUCCACAUGGGACAGAAGCCACACAAAUGUGAGGAAUGUGGAAAGAGCUUCUUUUCUAGGACACAUCUUUAUUACCACCGGAGAUUCCACACAGAGGAGAAACCCUAUCAUUGUAAAGAAUGUGGAAAGAGCUUCAGAUGGGUCUCCCCUCUUUUGACACAUCAGCGAGUCCACAGUGGAGAAAAACCAUUCAAAUGUGAAGAGUGUGGGAAGGGAUUUGGUCAGAAAUCAUGCCUGCAAGCUCAUCAGAAAGUCCACACCAGAGAAAAACCAUACAAAUGUGAGGAGUGUGGGAAGGGCUACAAGACAAGCUUGGAUCUUGAUGUGCACCAGAGUGUGCAUAUGGGAGAGAACCCAUACACCUGUAGGGCAUGUGGUAAGCACUUCACUAGGACCUCAAAUCUUAAAGUUCAUCAGAGAGUCCACACUGGGGAGAAACCAUACAAAUGUAAUGUGUGUGGUAAGGUCUUCAGUCAGUCUGGACAUCUAAAAUCUCAUCAGAGAGUUCACACAGGGGAGAAACCUUAUAAGUGUAAGAUAUGUGGUAAGCAGUUCAGUUCAAGUUCAUAUGUUAAAAUUCAUCACAGAAUCCAUGCUGGUGAUAAAUUUCAUCCAGUCUCAUAGGAAAACAGUAAAGUGAGUGUUUCAUCCAUAGCUGAAUAUAUCUCCGUGAUCUCAAGAUCACACAAAUGGUGCAAUGAGGGCUUUAGUUAAGGCCUUAGCAGUUGAAGUUAUCACUCAAGAAACAGGCUGUUGGGC